UACAAAGGAAAAAUUUUUUAAUAAUAUAUAUAUAUUCAAAUAAUUAAAAUAAAAUUAUUAAAAAAAAAAAAAACAAAAUAUGGACGAAGAAUUAAUGUUCGCUCAGUUAUUAGAAAAAGCUGAACAAAAAGUUAUUUUAGGCCAGGAACUUAUUAACGAUUUGGACAAUUUCAAUGAAAUUUCGGGUGUAGCGAAGGUUCAAAGAAACAUUAAUCAAGAAAUAAAAUUUUUGCGAAAAGUUAUUAAAAAUUCUACUCUCAAAUUAAAUCACAUACAAUGCAGCAAUUUAACCCACUACGAGUUUUUAGUAAAAAUUUUAAAACUUCAAAAGGAUAUAGUGCACGUCGAUUGUGGUUUCACCGUAAAUUAUCGUGAAAAUCCAUUAAGAGUAGAUAUUGUGUGUGAAAACGGCUUAAAAUGGAUAAAAGCCAUAGCUCGUAAUUCCAAAUCGUUAAUAGAUGCUGCGCGCGGCGAAGCCGGAUACGGAGCGCGCAGCAUCGUUGAUCAGGCACGAGAGUUCGCCCAAGCUGCAGUAGAAAACCUUUGCAUGUUCAAACGUCCUAAAGUGGUUUUCUAUUUUAGCCAUAACAUUGAGAGUGACCUGGCGGAAGAUUUAAUAAAAGAAGGUAUAGAGAUAGCAUCGUUGGAACAACCGCCCGAUUCGGCGGAUGCUUCUGAUUUAAGCAACGUCAGCACUCUUAAUUUAGAUGUCACUACUUUACUGGCAUACAUUUCGAACGUUUGCAAUGGUAGUUGCUAUUGGAAAUUUCAAGAGCCUAUUUUAACGGAACAAGCAGAAAAGGAACGUGAUACACCAUUAAAGCCAAUUUUAGAUAAACUAUUUACUGAUAAACGCUUAAUUUGCUGUAAAACCGCGUACAAAUCGUUUGAAGACAUUGUCUCGUUACUCGGCGGUCCGAAGGAAAAGCAGCGUGCCGAAGAAUUUACAAGACGCAUCGAAAUAUUGUCGGAUGUCACAGAAAUACCAGACGAAUUGUCGAGUAUUAAGUUUAGCGGUAAAAUUAAUGAGCGCAGUUUGUUAAUAUUCGCUUUCGGCAUGCAUAUGAAAGCUCUUACUGUCACCUCGAACAAAGCGUUUGUGAGAUCAGCCAAAAUGCAGGGUGUUAAUGUCCCGGUAUUUACACAUCAGGCCCGGGCUUUAACGGAAUCAAAAGAAGAUACUGCCACACCAGCCACACCAUUGCAUAAUAAUAAUAAUAAUAAUAAU